CAGAACUGCAGACAACCACACAACUCUCAAAGCAAGUCCAAAAAACGUUCCACUAGCUACUGCAGAGUCCAGACACCAUGUCUUCCAGCCCAGAGUACAAACUGAUCUACUUUCAUGCAAGAGGACGUGCAGAACUGAUCCGGUUCCUCUUUGAGCACUUGGAGAUCCAGUACGAAGAUCAGCGGAUGACAUUCGAGGAGUGGCCCAGCAUAAAACCAGAUACACCAUUUGGAAUACUACCGAUAUUGGAAGUACACGGGAAACAGCUAACGAGCAGCAUCGGGAUUGCAAGAAUGAUUGCAGAAGAAAAUGGUUUGAGUGGAUCUAAUCUAUUGGAGAACACUGAAGUGUUUGGUAUUGUGAGUGCUGCAGAAGAUGCCUGGUGCAACAUAUACACAGCACGAUACAAGCAGAAGGACAAGGACUCUACGGAUCUCAAGGUCAAAGAAUUACACGAGGACUACCUACCAGAGCACAUCGAGAGGUUUGAAAAGAGAGCAGCUGCUAAUGGUGCAGGCUGGAUAUGGGGUGAUAAGAUGACCUAUGCUGACUUUGCAACGUAUCUACUCUUCCAAUACGUAUGUGAGAACACGGAGGGAGCUAAGGACAAGUAUCCAAAACUGGCAAAAAUACAUGCAAUUGUGGAGUCCCUACCGAAAAUUGCAAAAUGGAUGAAAUCGCGACCAGAAACUUUUGCAUAAUAAUAACAAUACAACGAUGAUGAACAUACAUACAAUAAUAUGUACAUAAUUGUACCUACAUACAUACUGAACUUAAUAAUUGUUUUUAUGCAGUUUAAUGAAAAUAAUGUUUGUCUUGUGA